AUGGCGGAACCAAACACCCCUAUCAAAAUCAUCGCCGGAGCCGAUGAUUUUGGCACUCCUCUCAAAGAUGCUUUGAUCUCCCACCUCCGUUCCCUCAACAUCGAAAUCGAAGACCUCGGAACCUCUUCUUACUAUUCCGCCGGCGCCGAGGUCGGCCGCCGCGUCUCUCAAUCAGCAUCAUCAUCCUCCCCGGAGGUCCGCGGUCUCGUUGUUUGCGGAACAGGUGCCGGCGUCUCCAUCUUCGCUAACAAAUUCCCCGGCGUGUUCGCUACCACUUGUCUUACUCCCUCCGACGCCGUCAACGCCCGAUCCAUCAACAACGCAAACGUGAUUGCUUUCUCCGGUAAGUACACUUCGAAGGAAACCGCGAUCGAGAUCGUGAAGACAUGGCUGAACACGCCGUUCAAGGCUCCGUGUCCGGCAAAUGAUAACAAACCAUGGCCAGAGGAUAUUGAGAAUUUUCUCGACAAAUCAUUAGUUGAAAUGCCGGAAAUCGGAAAAGGUGAACCGGUUGACACGUGUGCGGUUUGUUGUUUGGUGAAGAACCGGGAACUGAACCCGAUCGAUUUGAUUCCCGGCGGUUCAAUGAAGAUUGUUAGAGAGACGCCGACGUCGGCGUUCGUGAGGUUCAAAGCCGGGAGCGUGGAGCCAGCGCACCAUCACACGUUUGGGCACGAUUUGGUGGUGUUGGAAGGGAAGAAGAGCGUUUGGAAUUUGACGAAGGAGGAGAGAUAUGAUCUAACGGUUGGAGAUUAUUUGUUUACUCCUGCUGGUGAUGUGCAUAGAGUGAAGUAUCAUGAGGAUACUGAGUUUUUUAUCAAAUGGGAUGGUCAUUGGGAUAUGUUUUUUGAUGAGGAUCUUGAUACUGCUAAAAUUGCAAUUGAUAAGGAAUUAAGCAUAGCUAAGUGA